AUGUCCGCCCGCCGAGAAGCAGUCAACACCCAAGACGCCCCUCCCCCACGCGCAUUCUACAAUCAAGCAGUUGUGGCAAAUGGCUUUGUCUUUUGCUCUGGUCAGCUUCCCAAGGAUGCCACCGGCAGGAUUGUCGAGGGUACGAUCCAGGACCGUGCAAAUCAGUGCAUCCGAAAUUUGAAAGCCGUCCUCGAAUCGGCUGGGUCCAGCCUGGAGAAGAUGGUGGAAGUGAAUGUUUUCUUGGCCGACAUGGAGGAUUUCGAGAAAAUGAAUGAGACGUACUUGGAAUGGUUUGGAGAGAUCAAGCCCGUCAGAACGUGUGUUGCCGUUAAGUCAAUUCCGGAGUAUACCGACAUUGAGAUGAAGUGUGUGGCGCUUUUGUGA